GAAUCCGGUAACAUAAUGAGCGCUUCUUUGAUUAGCGCUCUUCCUCCCUGCGGUAAUGAGCCGCCUAUGCCCGACGAAUGGCGCCUGUACAGGCUGGCUACGCGCCUCAGCACCUUCGCUAACUGGCCAUUUACGGAAGACUGCGCUUGCACCCCAGAGCGGAUGGCAGAAGCUGGAUUUGUUCACUGCCCCAGUGACAACAGUCCAGAUGUAGUUAAGUGUUUCUUCUGUCUCAAGGAACUGGAAGGUUGGCAGCCUGAGGAUGACCCUAUGGAUGAACAUAAGAAACAUUCACCAAGCUGCUUAUUCAUUGCAUUGAAGAAGAAAGCAGAGGAACUGACACUGAGCGAGUUCCUGAAACUGGACUUGGAGCGUACGAAAAUCAAGAUGCAAAAGCAGAUGAACCAGCACAUUGAAAAUUUCCAGGCAAAAGCAAAUGUGGUGCGAGGUCACUUGGAGAAACUUGAUGCAGAUGAAACACAGUGAUAUAUUUUUUUUAAUUUUGUAUUUUAAUAGUGAGUGUGUAUAUAUAGCCUGACUGUAAAAACUAUAUAUUCCUUUUUAUGAAAGAAUCCACACUUCCAUUUUUGGUUGUUUUUUUACUUACUGAUUUCAUGUACUCAUGAACUCAAUCAGAGAUUUUAAUUGAUAUGCUAGCUACACACCUCUUUAUAUACGUGUUCUUGAACUUUUCUUUUUUCCUACAGAAAUGUCCAUCACCUACACAUUUCCAUUGAAGUAGCGCAUAUAUUUGUAAAAUACAUACAAUUUUAAAUAUCUCUAUGCUUGGAAUAUUUUAUUGUUAAGGAUGGUGUACUGUAGCGCACUGCUGUCUGCUGUUGCAAAACUCUUGACACAGGGCUGGUAGGGGAAACUGGCAGUUUGAACUUACUUGCAGGAAUUUUAGACUGUGGCUUGCCAGGUAAUGCUGUACUGUAAUUGCUACAGACAGUCAGAAAGAUCAGAGCUCUGUACAUAAAGAUUAUAAACCUAUAUAAUAUUACCUGGUCAUUCUACUUAAACAUUACGUAUAGAAAAUAUUUUUUUGUGAAGAAUGUAACUGAUGUCAAUACAAAAUAACUACAGCACUUUAAAUGGCCAACACAACUCAUAAUAUUUUGUCUAAACUCCAGCUUUACUCAA